AGGGGAGAUCGGGGGCUUCAAACUGUCCUCUGCCAAUGCGACUGGCUUGAUGUUGCAGGAAUGACUGCCGAGAGCCAGCGGCCGCCUUCCGAAGCCCCGUGCUGUGUGUGGAAUAGGAGUCAGCUGGAAGUGAAGGUGGAGAAGGAGCCGGUGGCACAAAGCCAUGCGGAGCUUCAUCGCGGAAGGCGGCGCAAGCGGCCUCUCCAACGGGGCAAACCUCCUUACAGCUACAUCGCCCUUAUCGCCAUGGCGAUCGCCAAUUCUCUGGACAGAAAGCUCACCUUGGGCGGGAUCUACAGGUUCAUCACGGAACGAUUCCCAUUCUACCGGGAGAACUCCAAGAAAUGGCAGAACUCCAUCAGGCACAAUCUUACCCUCAAUGACUGUUUCGUCAAAGUUCCCAGGGAGCCAGGACGACCUGGGAAGGGAAACUAUUGGACACUGGACCCAGCCGCCGAUGACAUGUUCGAGAGUGGCAGUUUCUUGCGAAGGCGUAAGAGAUUCAAGAGGUCGGAUAUUUCCACGUACCCUGCCUACAUACAAGAAUCCAACGUCUUCGCCCCGAUAGAAGCAAGCAGACCUUACUCAAGACCGGUAUAUGCCAACGUGGGUAUCAACUCCAACUAUGCCCCAAGUCUCCCGACCUACCCCACAGGCCAUUACCCAACCUCAACCUCCGCCUUCACCAACAGCCAGCCCCGGGUGUACAAUUUCAGCAAUCUGACAGAGCACCACAGUCCUGGGACAGAUCUGACCCACCACACCACCAGCCCGUUUCCUUCCGAGUUGAGUCCUGGUUAUGCCAAUCUUGGAGUGAGUUCCUACCACCAUCAAGCCUGCAACGGACCAAUGCUUCCCAGAAAUUCUAGCGCCGAUUCCUACCCCUACACCAAGUCUAAUUCACAUCUCCAAGUGGAUCCAUCUACUUACUGUGUGGCCAGUAACCAAGCGUAUGUCACCUCUGGUCGCUUCCCUAUCCCUGCCUCCUCCGUAAGUAAUGAGACAAUGGGCCCCUUUGGAAUAAUUUCUUCUGGACAGUUCACAUCACUCCGACAAUAUAACCCCAGUGGGCAGAUCAACUGUUCCAGCACAUACAUAAAUCACCCCUCUUACUAUACAAAAGUCGAAGGGUUCCGACACUCCGCUGAAAACUAUAACAGACUUUAGAUCGUUCCCGGAGAACUACUGUAAAAGCAGAUUUAAACUGUCCGGGCGUUAGAGCGAAAUCGACAUAACAUUCAGUUGUCCGACUUACGAAUAUUUGCAUUUUAUACGGCUACGUCAACUUGCCUAUUGCAGCACAGUUUAAAUAUUUGUAUUUUUUAUGAACUUGCCCAUACAAUUCUUACACGUUGAGCUUUAUUUCUGAAAAAAAAGUGACGUCGUUGUCUCUUCAAUGGAAUUAGCUGUUGCUUUAAGUUAUUGGGCCACAAUUACAUUCUUUUAGGAAAUGGGGUGAAAGAUCCCGAAACCGAUCGAAGUGUGUCUUUUUUUUUAAAUC